UCAGGGUCUACUGUGCGGUGACGUCUGUACAAGGUUACUCGCUGCUGUACUACUGACUGUCAUAUGGAGUGUGUGUAUUGAUAGAGGAGAGCACACACAUGGGGGAGGAUAAGACGCCCGAUGAGAACUAUGGCUAUCAUCUCUUCCCGCAGCGGGACCCCCGGCAGCCCAAGCAGGAGUCUCUGUCAUCCAGACUGUACGGUUUAAAGUACAGGUGCAAGGCGAAGCUGGGGAUUGCUAUGGAUACAAAUCCACAAAUCAAGUUACUUUUAGAUGCCAUGAAACAGUCUGGUUGUGCAGCCUUCAGGGAUAGACACUUUUCCUGUGAAGAAUGUGAUGGGUCAGUGGGUGGAGGAUUUGAUUCGGCUACCUCUGAGAUUGUAUUAUGUCAGAAUAAUAUUCGUGAUCAGCCACAUAUGAACAGAGUGGUUACACAUGAACUGAUUCAUGCUUUUGAUCACUGCCGUGCACAGGUUGAUUUCUUAAACAAUGUUCACCAUUUAGCCUGCUCUGAGAUCAGAGCUGCUAGUCUUAGUGGAGAUUGCUCCCUUACUAAUGAGAUUUUGCGGUUGAAUUUUGGUGUUAAGCAACAUCAUCAGACUUGUGUACGGGGCCGAGCUGUGCAAUCCAUUGUAGCUGCAAGAAAAUUCAGUCAAGAGACAGCGGAAAAGGCUGUGGAUGAUGUCUUUGAUUCAUGUUUCAAUGAUCGAGAACCAUUUGGGCGAAUUCCUCAUAAUAAAGCAGAAGCAAAAAUGGCAUACAGAGAAUUUAAAAAUCAAGGACGUUAUUAUGAAAAUAUUUAAGUGAAAGAAUGCUAUAUUAAUGUAACCUAUUGCAAAACAUUGUCAUUUUUUUAUUUUAAUAUACUAUAUAAUAAAAGGCUAGCACUGCUCCUCACCCUUAUGGGAGGAAAUCAAGUGUUUGGUGCACCGGCGACCACUAGUUCAGGCGUGCACACCUGCUGGCGUUGACAUUACUGUUAUUUUGUUCCGUCAUUUUAACGGGCUGGUAACUAGUUGGAAUUAUAAAUCAACCAUGCAUGUUUAUUACAAUUUUGUUUCAAAUAUAAUAAAAUGUGUUUAUUUUUCUGUAAUGUUUGUAGCUACAAUGAAAAUAAACAUUUUCUUUGAA